AUGAAGGGUGGUGUCAGUCCGAGUUGUUUGACAGUCUUGACAGUCGCGACACUAUUCGCGAGCGUCGUUCGUACGGUCACCGCUCAGGGUGAGACGAUCGUCAACGGCAAGAUCGAGUUCGGACCGCUGCCAUCUCGUUCUCCUCCUCUCAGCAGCGCGACGUACGACGACGGCGGUCUGCAGCCGCUCGUCGACGUCGCAAACAGCUUCGUGAAGACGGUAAAGAGCGACGGACCUCCGUACGAAUUAAUCAACAGACACUUGAAAACUCUGGUUGACAAAGACAGCAACAGAAGACGUCGCUCGUCAACAGAACACGAAGCACACGAACGUCAACGUCGAGCUACAUUUUUGGGUAUCUCAUUUGGUGGAGAUAACGAGUCACUCGAUGAUAUCGUAUCAUAUGAAACGGACUUUAUUGUGGCCUUUGCCAUCGGUCUCGUGUGGGCUCUGCUAACUGUCAUCAUCGGUUCCAUAUUCGGUUGUUGUCGUUUGUGUGGACACUGUGGAGGCAGUCUUCUUUACGAUGGAGAUGACAAGCAUGCGAGUCUCAAGCGAUGGUUGCUCAUACUUUUCUUGACCGUGUUGCUGGUCUUUGUGUUUGCUGGAUGUAUAUGUGCGUUUGUGAGCAACCAGCGCAUGAGCGACAGUGUAAAGCAAGUGAAUGACGAAGUGCAACACACGAUAUCUGAUAUCUAUAGCUUUGUCGAUGAUACAGUUCUGGAGCUACAAGCUAUCACUAAUGAGAAGUACCAAUUUGUGGCUGAUACAUUAAAAAAUGAUGUUCAAGGAAUAGCACAGUCUCUUGGCGAGCCUAUAUUGAAGAGAUUUCGUCCUCAAGUGCACCCUGCAAUUGACAGCGUCCUGCGAAUGGCAGACAGAGUGGAUGCAACACAGACUGCCCUAGGUGAUGUCAACAGGACAGUUGAAACAUUGUUGAAUUAUGGAAGUGACCUGGAGAGCGAAUUGAACGUGACCAGAAGGAAUGUUACCAGAUUGAAGGCAAACUGUCAAGCAGGAGCCCUCAUACCUAAUUCUAUUUGCGAUAUGCUCCCCAGUGAGGACAUUUUGCAACUUGGUGCUGACUUCACUCAGGUUCCUAAUAUUGGCGAAGAGAUAGGCAAGGUGAAUGAUGUUCUGAGCAUUGACCCUACACUAAGGGAGCUGGCUGCUCAAGGUAACCAGACAUUUGAAGACAUUCCGAAAACUGUCGAGAACAAAACUGCGGAAGUUGAGGCCACAAUUGACGAUCAGACUUUGGAGUUUCAAACCACUGUGAAACAACACGUCGCCAAUGUCAAUGAAACAGCAUACAGAGUAUUGAACGACGACCUUUCUUUGGAUGACAUGCGAGAUCAUGUACGUGAUGGCACUGAGAAAGCAGUAGAAUUCGAUAAGUACAGGUAUGGUGUUGGUGUCGCUUUAAGUGUGAUGGUUCUUCUUGUUGUUGUUUUUGGUCUCCUUGGAGUCACUUGUGGUGUUAUAAACUAUGACAGCGAAGCACACCCUACUAAGCGUCCUCGUGGAUCACAUCAGAGUGGCACUUGCUUGUUGAUAACUGCAGGAAUGGUUGUGGCUUUUUCAUUCUUUCUUCUUAUUCUUGCGGCCAUUUGCUUCUUUGUGGGUGGCAAUGUAAAGAUUAUCUGUGACCCACUAAUGAACCUUGAAUUUUUUGAGAAGACAAUAGAUGAUGCCACUGUGUACGAUGGAUAUAUUCUGUCUCGCUAUGUAUUGGAUAAUGAUACGGUUCCUCUCAAACUCAGCAAAGUUUUAAGAGACUGCCAAGACGAUGCUACACUGUAUCGGACUCUUAUGUUGGAUCAUCAUCGCACACUAAACAUAAGCAGAGAGCUCGACAUUGAAUCAAAAAUUCCUGCACUAGAUGGCAGUUUUGAAGACUUGACUGUUAACAUCGACGAAGUAAGCAUCCUGCCGCAGGAUGCAAGAAACAACUUAGUUAACUUCAGCAAUACGGGAGUCGACAACAUUGAUUUUGAUCGUUACACGGAUGAAAUAGAAAAGAAUCUCGUUCUAUUUGAUGUCGACAGCACUGUUAGAAAUAUUACCCUGAUGGCAGAAGCUUUACAGCAGAUUGGAGAGUAUGGUCUGGGAAAUGAUUCGUUGGAGAUUGCUGGUCAAUUAUUACGGAUAGAUAGGACUAUAAUUGUGCCAGCUACCGCUGAAAAGGAUGAACUGAGUAAAGAAGUGGCCGCUUUGAGGACUACGACCAAUUCUACAAAGGUUGCUGUUGAUAACCUACUUGCUGCUAUCAAGACACUGGAAGACUUUCUGCACAACAAUGGAUCAGACAUUAUCAAAGAGGAGGUCGAUGACUUUAAAGAUCUUGUAUUGGGACGAGUGAGAGACUUUGCCGAUCAAGCAUUGGUGUGGAUUAAGAAUGAUAUUGGUCGUUGUGAGAAUCUUCGCACUGUCUAUGAUUCGGCUACCACGUUCAUGUGUAGAAAUGCUUUGGAUGGGCUGAAUGGCUUCUGGGUGAGCAUUGGUUGGUGUUCGUUCUUCAUGUUGUUUGUGCUGGUUCUGUCUGUCAAUCUUGCAUACCACUUCAGACGGUUACAUUGCAAUGCGGGAUUUGAUUCUCAGGAAGGUGACUUUUCUGGUGUUCCUAUGGAGCCACGUGGAAAAAAACCAGUUACUGACCAUGUAUCGGCAGAGACUCACCAUUACAAACAAGCUGCAGGGUUUAAUAGCUUGACUAUACCCAAUGCGCCUGCGCAAGCUUGGUGAUGCUCAACUAUAGUUGCUUUUACGAUUGCAUUUUUAGCAAAGUAUUUUGUGUAAUGUAUAUUGUAGUAUGCUGGUUUGUCAUGGAUUGCUUUUGAUAGAGGCAGAAGUGGGAACGUCUGUAGAUACAUAGAUAAUACAGUGCGCAUGGAGUACCUGCAGUGAUUGUUUACUACGAGUGUACAGUACAGUACAGUAUUUGAACUAGUAAAAUUAGAGUUCUGUUUGUUUUCGUUAGUUUACUUAGUACGAAAAUGAAUCGAAGUCUCAACUU